AGGCUUAGAUCAGUGUGACAUCAAGCCGCGACGAUUCAGCAAAACUAGGUUGCAGUAAAGUGAUUUGAACAUUUAUCCAGCACCAUUGUAGUUUCCACUUUGAUAAACAAUGAGUUAAUCAUUUCACAUACGAGUACUAAGGUUAGUAGAGUUAGUAAAACUGGUUUAUCAACAAGCCCACAAGAUAAAUAGUGUCAAGUGUGUUUUGGAGAUUCGGCGUUGGGCAAGUUUCGGCGUUUCUCCCUUUCUACCCUCACAAAGUGCACAUGUUUCCGAGGGGUGUAAAGCAGUUAGGCAGGCUGCGGCCUUGCUCUCUGGGGAUUUUACCCUCGUCAGUGUGCAGAGGGUUCGCCAGCCCUACGUUACCUGAACUCACUAAGGAUCGAUAUCCGCUCGUGAAGCGAGGGGGAUUCGCGAAAUUGGAUCAGAAUCAUUUGAGAUUCUUCAGGGAGCUGCUCGGGGAGAACCGAGUCUUGACUGACCCCAGCGAUUGUGAGAUCUACAAUGUAGAUUGGAAUAGGAAUGUUAGAGGCUACAGCGAAUGCAUCUUGAAGCCGAAAACAACGCAGGAAGUAUCUCAAGUGUUAUCCUUUUGUAACGAGCACAACCUCGCUGUCUCGCCUCAAGGGGGUAACACCGGUCUGGUGGGUGGCUCCGUCCCCGUUUUCGACGAAAUUGUUCUGUCCCUCAGUCUCAUGAAUAACAUCAUAAGCGUCGACGACACUUCCGGCAUUCUCGUUUGUGAGAGUGGAUGCGUGUUGGAAUAUUUAGACGAGCAAUUAGCCAAACAUCGACUAAUGAUGCCUUUGGAUCUCGGAGCGAAGGGUUCGUGUCAGAUAGGCGGAAAUGUUUCCACUAACGCCGGAGGCCUGCGGCUACUCAGAUACGGUAAUUUGCAAGGCAAUGUGCUGGGAAUUGAAGCGGUAAAAGCCAACGGUGAAAUCCUCGACUGUCUCAGUGCUUUAAAGAAAGACAAUACUGGAUUCCACUUGAAGCACCUUUUCAUCGGCUCUGAGGGUUCUCUGGGUGUCGUAACAAAAGUCGCAAUCCAGUGCCCUUCAAAACCUGAAGCUGUCAAUUUAGCCUUCUUAGGCGUCGACUCCUUCGACAAAAUCCUAACAACUUUCAAACGCGCAAAACGCGAACUGGGCGAAAUUUUAUCAUCGUUUGAAAUGAUCGAUGAACAGUCGAUAAAUGCAGUAAUCGACCACUUGAAAGUCAAAUCGCCUAUCUCACAACACCCUUUCUACAUCCUGGUCGAAACCCAGGGCAGUAACGAUGGUCACGACCAGGAAAAAAUCACCAAAUUUCUGGAGAACUUGAUGGGCGAUGGGGUGGCGCAAGACGGGACAGUGACUAACGAACCGAGCAAAAUGAAGGUGAUUUGGGAUUUGCGAGAGAGGAUAGCUGAGGCGUUUUUACACGACGGUUAUGUCUUCAAGUAUGAUAUAACGUUGCCGCUUGAGAAGUUUUAUUCGGUUGUUGAGGUGAUGAGGGAGAAGUUGGGCUCGGAGGUUGUUAGGUGUUGCGGUUAUGGGCAUAUUGGAGAUGGGAAUAUUCACUUUUCGGUAUGUGCAAAGGAGUUCUCGCAAAGUUUGUUGAAAAAAAUUGAACCGUUUGUUUAUGAAUACACGUCGCAAUUGAAAGGAAGCAUUAGCGCCGAACAUGGAAUAGGUUUUAGGAAGCCGAAGUAUAUACAUUACUCCAAAAGUGAGUCAGCUAUACAGCUAAUGAAAGAUCUCAAGAAAUUGAUGGAUCCGAAGGGGAUUUUAAAUCCUUAUAAAGUUUUACCAUAAAAAAUGAAGUUUUUUAACGUUUUAUGUGUACAUAUUGCAUACUUUAUACAUAUUGUAUUAAAUAUUUACAUAAUAAAGAAUUCUACACUGUUUU